CUUUUUCAUCAAAACUCGAUCCAUUGCCAAGCAAGCAUCACCCACGAGGUCCAAUCUUGUAAAUUCAAACCGUUUCAAGCUACUACAAGUCUCACUCCCUCCAACAGCCCAUACUCUGCCAGCAAAGCAAAAUAUGGCUUCCACUUCCACACCCCUCGCCCGUUUCUUGGCCGCGCCGGUGGUGCUCCUCCUCCUGCUCCACGGCGUCUCCGCCGUUGGAAUAAACUACGGCACUCUCGGAAACAACCUCCCUCCGCCCAAGCGAGUCGCCCAGCUCCUCCAGUCCACCCUCAUCGACAAGGUCAAAAUCUACGACACCAACCCCGAGAUCCUCCAAGCCUUCUCCAACACCGGCAUCGACCUCAUCGUCGCCGUCGAAAACUUCCACGUCGCCAACCUAAGCACCGCCCCCUCCGCCGCCGACCAGUGGCUCGCCUCCCGCGUCAUCCCCUUCCUCCCCGCCACCUCCGUCGUCUCCAUCGCCGUCGGCAACGAGUACUUGACCGCCGAUGACCCCCACCUCGACCCCAAAACCCUAAUCCAAGCCAUGCAGAAUCUCCACGCCGCUCUGGCCUCUCGUGGCCUCGACCGGAAAAUCAAGAUCUCCACUCCACAUAGCAUGGCGGUUCUCGCGUCUUCCUUCCCGCCUUCUUCUUCCACAUUCGCUCCCAAUCUCAUCCCUACCAUGAACCAAAUUCUAGGGUUCUUGGCCGACACAAGUUCCCCUUUCAUGGUCAAUGCUUACCCGUAUUUUGCUUACAGAGACAACCCUAGCACCAUCAAUCUCCAAUACGCUUUGCUCGGAAACGCCACCGGCGUUCACGACCCGAAAGGAUUUGUCUACACAAACAUGUUGGACGCACAGAUUGAUGCUAUUAGAUCAGCUAUUACUUCUCUCGGAUUCGGCAACCGGACUGUGAAGAUCACCGUGUCGGAGUCAGGCUGGCCGUCUAAGGGCGAGGCCGGGGAAGCGGCCGCCAAGCCGGAAAACGCCAAGAUUUACAACACCAGGCUGAUUGAGCGUGCGCAGUCCAGCAAAGGGACUCCGAUGAAGCCCAGCGAGAAGGUGGAGAUUUUCGUCUUCGCUUUGUUCAACGAGAACAAGAAGAAGGGCGGCGAGAGCGAGAGGAACUUUGGGAUCUUCAAUGGCGACGGCUCUAAGGUUUAUGAAGUGGAUUUGAGCUGCGAGUUCUGUAGCGGCGGCGAGAAGCUGGAGUUCGGGGAGAAGGCUGCCAGCGCGGCGAGAGGGCCGUCGGUCUGGUGCGUGGCGAAGCCGCACGCCGAGGAGAAGGUGGUUCAGGCAGUUCUGGAUUACUGCUGCGGGCCGGGCGGCGUGGAUUGCAGAGAGAUCUACCAGCAUGGGGAUUGCUUUGAGCCGGACAAGAUUCAUGCGCAUGCAUCGUACGCCAUGAAUGCCUACUAUCAGAUGCAUGGGAGGAACUACUGGAACUGUGAUUUCAAGGGCACUGGUCUCGUCACCUUCAGCGAUCCAAGCUAUGGAACAUGCCGCUACUCUGGACAGUAACACGGAGACAGUACGUACUGAGAUGUAUAUCUUAUUGCUGAAUUAAUUUGGUAAACAGCUGCUAGCUCGAUGGAUCUUUUCUACGUACUGUGAUGCGGCUUGUCUGCACUCGCGCGCAUUUUAACUUAAGUCUUUUCUUUCUUUUGCUUAGAUGACAAAGUUUCUGGGGCCUGGGAAGAAUUUGCAAUAAUUGGUUUAUUCUUGAUAAAGUAGUGUGUGCAUGUGAUGUGGGGGUGGGUGUGUGUGCAAUUAACCCUUUCCUUUACAUAGAGAGAAGAUAAAGACGAACACAAACACAGCUGCACCAGCUUGUGGGAAAAAGUUCAAAAUCUCUCUCCUGUUCAACCUCAAUCAAAGGAAAAGGCGGCUUCUUUUUUCUAAUAUAUGUUUGAAAAGUUUUUCCACCGAAAGCAAAGGGGACACAGAC